GCCUGUAGUUUUAUCGUAUUUGAGUGAAUAUUUUCAUGUAAUUUUUAACAUCCAAUAAUCAUUUGUGUCUUAAACAGAGUGUCAAGUGUUUAGUGAUCGUUUUUAUUCAUUUUCUCAUUCGGUAUACGUCCCACAAGCAGCGAUGGCGGACUACGGUCAGACGGGCACGCUGACCCUCAAGUGGGACCCAAAGAACCUGGAGAUCCGCACCACAUCUGUGGAGCGGACCCUGGAGCCCCUGGUGCUGCAGGUCACCACCCUCGUCAACAGCAAGGACAAGGCUGCGAAGAAGAAGAGACCGGGCAAGUCGAAGCGGGCCUCAGCCCUUGUGGCAACGGUGGAGAGAGCCACGGAGAUCUUCAUAGAACGCGGGCAGACUAUCGCUUAUGAGAACCCUGAUAUUACGCAGGAGAUGCUGGCUGCAGUCGAGGAGGUUAGGAAGGCAGGUGCGGCGAUGAGCGUCUCCGCCCGCGAGUUCUCGGAGCAACCUUGUGCUUCUAUGGCUCGCUCCAGCAUGGUGCGGGCGGCGCGGGCGCUACUAUCGGCCGUCACUCGACUGUUGAUACUGGCCGAUCUAGCCGAUGUCAGGUUAUUGCUGGCCAGCACCAGGACGGUGGAAUCGGACUUAGACAAGCUGAAAUGUGCAUCCUCCCAAUCUGAAUUGGUGGAAUCGGCGCGACAAUUCGGUCGUUCUGCAGCUCAACUUGCAGCCCAAGCUGCUCGCAGGCAGAAGGAGUUGAGGGAACCGGCCACCAGGGAUAACCUGGCUGCUGCUAGAGCUGUGCUGAAGAAGCAUUCCACCAUGCUGCUAACUGCUUCUAAGGUGUAUGUCCGUCACCCUGAACUAGCGGCGGCUAAAGCCAACCGCGACUAUGUUUUGCGCGCGGUUUGUUCCGCGGUCGGGGCUAUAUCCGCGGCUGCACAUGGGAGACCACAUCAUCACGGUACCAAUCGUCCCGCUGUAGAAGGGCCCGGAGAACUGGCUCAAGCUUUGGAUGACUUUGAUGAACGUAUGGUUAUGGAACCCCUCGCUUAUUCUGAACUAAGAACUCGUCCUUCGCUGGAAGAACGCCUGGAGUCCAUUAUAUCCGGAGCUGCUCUGAUGGCCGAUAGCUCCUGCACCAGAGACGAACGUCGGGAACGCAUCGUGGCAGAAUGUAACGCCGUUAGGCAAGCUCUGCAAGAUCUACUGCACGAAUAUAUGACAAAUGCCGGAAAGUCUGAACAAUCGGAAGGCUUGGAGCGUGCCAUAGAGCACAUGUGCCGCAAGACCAGAGACCUGCGCCGUCAACUACGCAAAGCGGUCGUCGAUCAUGUUUCCGACAGUUUCCUGGAGACCAACGUCCCCCUGCUGGUGCUGAUGGAAGCCGCUCGCAACGGACACGAGAAAGAAGUCGAAGAAUAUGCUCUAGUAUUCACUGAACAUGCGAACAAAUUGGUUGAGGUGGCGAAUUUAGUAUGCUCCAUGUCCAAUAAUGAAGACGGAGUGAAAAUGGUACGACACGCCGCCGGACAAAUUGAGGCUCUAUGCCCGCAGGUAAUAAACGCGGCCCGAGUGCUAGCGGCGCGGCCCCGCUCCCGCGUCGCUCAGGAGAACGCCACCGCCUUCGCUAGGGCCUGGGAGGCGCACGUCAAGUUGUUGACCGAUGCCGUCGAUGAUAUCACCACCAUUGAUGACUUCCUGGCUGUUAGCGAGAAUCAUAUCCUGGAAGACGUGAACAAGUGCGUGGUGGCUCUGCAAGAAGCCGACCCUGAUUCUUUGGAGAGAACCGCCGGUGCCAUACGUGGCAGAGCCAAUAGGGUGUGCUCAGUGGUGACUCAGGAGAUGGACAACUACGAGCCCUGUAUAUACACCAAGCGGGUACUGGAGGCAGUCACUGUUUUACGGGAUCAAGUGAUGUCGAAAUUCGCGGUCCGUGUCGAUGCUGCGGUGUCAGCGUUAGGUUCCGGAUCCGGCGGAGCUCUGGACGAGAACGAUUUCAUAGACGCCUCUAGACUUGUCUAUGACGCUGUGAGGGAGAUACGGCGCGCCGUGCUGAUGAAUAGGACGAGCGACGAUCUCGACACGGACACGGAGUUCGAGCCCGUCGAGGAUAUGACCAUGGAGACUAGGAGCCGAUCGAGUGCUCAUACUGGAGAGCAUGGGGUUGAUGAGUAUCCUGAUAUUAGCGGCAUCACCAAUGCAAGGGAAGCUAUGCGUAAAAUGACCGAAGAGGACAAACGCAAGAUCCUCCAACAAGUGGAGCUGUUCCGCCGCGAGAAGAUGACCUUCGACAACGAGGUCGCCAAGUGGGAUGACGCCGGAAACGAUAUCAUCAUGCUGGCCAAACAUAUGUGCAUGAUUAUGUUGGAGAUGACAGAUUUCACCAGAGGCCGCGGCCCCCUCAAGACCACGAUGGAUGUGAUCAACGCCGCCAAGAAGAUCUCCGAGGCUGGCACCAAGCUCGACAAACUCACCAGAGAGAUUGCUGAACAGUGUCCCGAAUCGUCGACGAAGCAAGAUCUCCUAGCGUACCUCCAGCGCAUAGCUCUGUACUGCCACCAGAUACAGAUCACCAGCAAGGUGAAGGCCGACGUACAGAACAUAUCCGGGGAGCUGAUAGUCAGCGGGUUGGACAGCGCCACAUCAUUGAUCCAGGCGGCCAAGAAUCUGAUGAAUGCCGUAGUUUUGACUGUGAAGGCUUCGUAUGUCGCAUCUACUAAGUACACUCGCCAGGGAACUAUUGCUUCUCCGAUAGUAGUAUGGCGCAUGAAAGCCCCGGAGAAGAAGCCUCUGAUCCGGCCCGAAAAGCCCGAGGAAGUUAGGGCUCGCGUGAGGCGCGCCAGUCAGAAGAAACAGCCCAGCCCCGUCAGGGCUCUAGCGGAGUUCCAGAGCCCCGCCGAUAAUGUCUAGGCACCUGAGAUGCAGCUGACGAGAGUUAAACUAAGAUAUCAUAUUUAUUGCGUAUUAGAUAUUCCAACGUUUUGUGAUUAUUCUUUUAGUUUUAAAAAAUAUUUUAUCACCCACAAAUUGUGUUUUUUCAAAAUUAAUUCGUAUAGUAUUUUUUUUUAACUAGCAACUGAAUCAAAAGGCACUACCGUUGCAAAACUAUCGACAAAUAAAUCGACCAUUGACAUCGACGUUUAUAAUUUAUAUAUUGUAGUUUGCCCGUCACUAUCGGUAGUAUCCAUGAUAGAGAUUUUGAAAAUACCGACAAGUUGUUUUUUAUAUUAUAAAUGUUAUACAAGUAGUAAAAUCAAUCAUAGUAAAUGUGAUUUAGUAUCGAGAAAUCUUAGUAACGCUGUUUUUAUUACCCGACUUUCACUGUCCACUGAAUGCAAAGACAUUGGUUCCUCAAAAUAUAUUCACAUUUCAUAAUAAUGUACAGACAUCGACAUAUCAAGCUAUUGCAAAAAGGACAAAUUCAUUAACAGAUUUUUAGCUCUAUAAAACUUGAUAUGAGGCAUAGCCCGUUCGGGUGCGAUCGUCGAAGUUAAGCAACUUUCGCAGUGGUCGGUCUUUGGAUGGGUGACCAAAAAAUUACUAUCUCGAGUUCCUCCGUGCUUCGGAAGGCACGUUAAGCCGUUGGUCCCCGCUGCAUUUCCAGUCGUUAGCACCCACCAAUCCGCACUGGGCCCGCGUGGUCCAUGGCCCAAUUUCCCUAUUCCAUCCAUAGGGAAGGCCUGUGCCCCAGCAGUGGGGACAUUAAUAGGCUGAGGAUGAUAAUACUUGCUAUAAGGUUCAAAAUGUGUUGAGAAAUUGGGACACUUUGUAAUAACUUAAUGUGUUGCUGUCAGUUCCAAUUCGAAAGAAAAUUUAAUCAUAUUCUUUAACGAAAUAAUAUAUUUGAUCCUAUGUUAUGUUAUCAUUCAGAUACAUAUAUAUGUAUUUUAAGUUAAGCUUAAUAAAUAUUUAUAGUUACAUUAGUAGAUAUGUCUCUGACAAUAUAACUAGCAUAUUGCCUAUAGGUUUUAAAUUGUGUAAUGGUGUUUAUGACUUUUCGUAGUUAAUAUUUGAAACUAAUCUUCUAUUUAAUUUAAAUGCAGAUUAAAGACAUUUUAGUAUAUUUAUUUGGCCCACUAAAGGACCCAGAGACCUGUAAAAGAACUGUAGUUUUGGUGGUCCAUUGUUUGACCAUAGGCCCAAUAAAAAAUAUUUGUGGAUAAUUAUUAGUGGACCCCAAAAUACUACCUUGUGGAACUCCCAAAUUGUGAUUUUACUUCGAAACUUUAUCCAUUAACUAACUGUAUUUCUUAAACAAAAUGGGUUCUAAGAUUGGCCCUUGUGGUUUCUUUGAAGUUGCAAUGAUAAAUGAUUUUAAUAGGAAGUCUUAAAUAAUUAAAAUUAAUUGGUUAUUUAAAUUGUAAACAAAAACUCAAUACAAAUCCACACAGAAAAAAAUGUCUUACAUCCAUAUUACAUACUCAAAGUUAACAAUAUUUUGUAGACCUUUUAUUUAGUAGAUUUAUUUGGCCCACUAAAGGACCCAAUGACCUGUAAAAGAACUUAAGUCAAUUUGGUGGUCCAUUAUUGGAUCAUAAGCCCAAUAAAAGCCAAAAUACUACCAGCAUAGAAUAUGCAACUAAAAUAUUUGAUAUUAUAAAAACAUAUUAGAAAAUCUGUUAAAAGGGAUUGUAUGCUAUAUAUACUAUUUUAUUACGCGUAACAAAGAUAUAUACAUAUAUAUACUUACCUACUAAAAUAAAAUAGGUGACCAAAAAUUACUAUCUCCAGCUACUCCGUGCUUCGGAAGGCACGUUAAGCCGUUGGUCCCGGCUGCAUCUGCAGUCGUUAGCACCCGCCAAUCCGCACUGGGCCCGCGUGGUGGCUCAUGGCCCAAUCUCCCUAUCCCAUCCGUAGGGAAGGCCUGUGCCCCAGCAGUGGGGACAUUAAUAGGCUGAUGAUUAAAUAUCUAACAUGUGGCCUAUUGUCGCAUUCUGUUGAGAUGGUAAAGAAAGAAGUUUUAAAGGAUUAUUAAUCUCCGAAUGACGACUUCCAUGGUCGAGUGGUUUGUUCGCCGGGUUUCAUGGUGUCGCCUACUCGAGAGGUCCCGGGUUUGAAUCCCGGGGGGGGGGCAGAUGUUAGUGUGAUGAACACGAGCAUUUGUACUCCAGUCAUGGAUGAUUAUUAUGUAUUUCUAUAUAAAUAUACUUAUACUAGCUGACCCAGCGAACUUCGUACCGCCCUAAAAAAAUAGGGGUUGUCCAGCGGACAAAAUUGUGAAUCUAAACCAUUCUCAGAUCCCCUUGAACACACACAAAAAAUUUCAUCAAAAUCGGUCCAGUCGUUUAAGAGAAGUUCAGUGACAUACACACUCACAGAAGAAUUAUAUAUAUAAAGAUAUGUACAGUAUUAUGUAUUCUAUCCGUUACCCUAGUAUCCCAUAACACAAGCCUUACACUGCUUACUUUGGGGCUAGGCUGAUUGGUGUGAGUGUUGGAAAUAUUUAUUUAUCUAAUGCAACAAACUUAUUUAAGUGAAAAUAGUAUGUUUAGCAUCUAACCUUUAACGAGCUAUUGGUUGUUUGUUUUAAUACGGUUCUAAAUUAUUGAGGAAAUGAAAAAGAAAUACUUAGCGGAAAAAAAAUCUUACAAUCAUUUUUAACUAAAGAAAAUUUAACGUGAUUGAUCACGGAGUCUGAAAAGGAUUACAUGGUUUUCAUGGAAAACCAAAAAAGGUCUGUUUAUUGCUAUAAUAAUUAAAUGUAAUCAACAUCACUCUUUAUUUUUAAAGAGUUCGUAAUAAAAAUGGUUCUCUUCUUCUUUUAACUGCCCUUAUAACAUCUUUAUUUGGAGUCGGUCAUUCUUGUGCAUUUGCGCCUGGCUAUUCUGUCCCGGGUUGUAAUCGGUAUAUUAUUUGGGAUUUUAAAUCUCUUUCCACGGUGGACUACCAAGGAGCUGGUGGUCUGCCCCAAGUUCUUUGUUUUUUGUUUGUGUUGAGCACAGUUUUCAGUUGAGCAGUAUUUUUCUCGCCUCAUUACAUGACAUAAUAAAAAUGGUGUUAGAAAAAUCAUUUGAAUUACCAUCACUACAAAUAAAAGAGAUUCAUUCUCUCGCUUCUGUUUUUAGAACCCUUUUCUUCUGCCCAAAGACAGAAAUCAAUAAUUCAUGCGUUAUUAAAUGUACUUGUGUACAGUAAAGGCAGCCAAAUUUUAUUAGAUUUAGUAUUAUAAGCGUAUAUUGUACCUUAGUAUUAAGUGAAAAUGAGCGCUGAUAUAAUGACUUCAUUAAUAUUAUUAGUAGAUCUAUAAAAAAAAAUACUCGAAAAAUCCAUCAUACGGUCCAGGCAUCAGACGGGAUUCGAAACCGCACCUUCAACAAUAGUAAAUUUUCCUUGAGAUUUAUAAAUGAAAAAUUAAAAAUAUAAUAAACUAUUAGUGGAUUGAUCCCAAAAUAAUUCCUUGUGGAACUCCCAAAUUGUGUUUUUACUUCUAAGUUUUAUCCGUUAAAUAACUGUAUUUCUUAAAUAAAAUGGGUUCUAAGAUUGGUCCUUGUGGUAUCUCUGAAGUUGCAAUGUAAAAUGGAUUUAAUAGAAAGUCGUAAAUAUUUAAAAUAAAUAUGUGCUACAUCCACACUCAAAGUUAACAAUAUUGUUUAGAU